AUGGCGAGCAUACGAUAUCUACGGCCAUUCGCCGAGUUGGCUACGCGACAGAGCCAAGUCUCUCUUUCACACCGACCGUCGGCGCUCGCGGUCGCAUCACGAAAUUAUUACAACUGCUCAUGUCGAAAUAACAAACCCUUAAACACGACAGUAUCUCGAAUGAUUUCAUCCACCCAACGCGCAACCUAUACAUCCACAUCCUCCGCACUCGCCUCCUCCCCAUUCCGACUCAACUCCUCCCCCAAACAACAAUCCCAACCGCAAACCCCCGAAGAUGAAGACGCACGCCGUUACGAACACGAGGAAGAAGGUGAAGGAGAAUACUACAGCCCCUACAAGCCCAAACGCCAAUGGCCACCAGACAUGUCCAAGCUCUCGCCCAAACACCAACUACGACUAGAGCGGAAAUAUAGACGGCGAGCAGCCCUGAAAUACGCACGGCCUAGAUGGGUGAAGUUUACCAAGUUGGCGCAGUGGGGGAUUAUUAUCUUUGUGGUGAUAUAUUCGCUGCUUUUCAUGGAAUGGGGCAAGGAAGGGGAGGAGCAUCCCUUUGAAGAUUUCCGAAAGGACUUGUUCGCUUCGAUUAACUCGCUAUUCUCGGCUCCUGAGCGGCCUAUUAGGAAGAAGGAGUGA